GCCUCCAUUUUGUUGCCUUGUAUGCCGCUAGAAGAAUUGUUGUUGCUGCUGCUGCUUUUGUCUAGAGUGCGGAGAGAUAUUUUUCAGCGAUGGACGGCAUCAGUGAUGUUGCAGUUGGUGUAAAGAGGGGGUCAGAUGAGCUGUUGUCCGGCAGCAUGUACAACAGUCCCAACUCGGGGAUGAGCAGUAUCAGUGAUGGCACAUCCAACGGAAGUGACAGUAAAAAAUUGAGAGUUGAAGAAAGGGUGGGAGAGGCUCCUCCAUCACGUGUUCUUCAUAUAAGGAAACUACCCAGUGAGGUCUCGGAGACAGAGAUCAUUGCCUUAGGAUUGCCCUUUGGAAAGGUCACUAAUAUCCUUACCUUGAAAGGCAAAAACCAGGCAUUCCUAGAGCUUAGUACGGAAGAAGCCGCUAUUACCAUGGUGAACUACUAUUCAGCUGUUACACCACAUAUUCGAAAUGUUCCCGUCUUCAUUCAGUAUUCAAAUCACAAAGAGCUCAAGACUGAGACAAACCAGUCUGGAACACCUACAUCAGGCUCCAGUGACGGCACACUCUCGACACCCAGCAGUCCAGUCUUGAGGAUUAUCAUAGACAACAUGUUCUACCCUGUCACUCUAGAUGUGUUGCAGCAGAUCUUCUCAAAGUUUGGCACAGUUAUGAAAAUCAUCACUUUCACAAAGAACAAUCAGUUUCAGGCCUUGCUACAGUAUAAUGAUGCAGCGAGUGCUCAGCAAGCCAAAGUGGCACUCGAUGGUCAGAACAUAUACAAUGCUUGCUGUACGCUCCGUAUAGACUACUCCAAGCUUGUCAACCUGAAUGUGAAGUACAACAAUGAUAAGAGCAGGGACUACACUAGACCGGAACUGCCUGCGGGUGAUGGGCAGCCUGCUGUGGACCCCUCGGUGGCAGCGGCCUUUGGCAAAGACUCGAACUCUCUGCUCGGUAAGAUCCCAGGUGCUCUGAGUCCUCUGAGUGCGGCGGCGGCAGCGGCGGCGGCGGCAGGUCGAGUGGCUCUGUCUGGACACUCUGGUAACGGAGUGCUCCUGGUUAGCAAUCUCAAUGAUGAGAUGGUUACGCCCCAAAGUCUGUUUACCCUCUUCGGGGUGUAUGGUGACGUGCAGCGUGUGAAGAUCCUCUACAACAAAAAAGAUAGUGCACUGAUACAGAUGGCAGAUAUGAAUCAGGCCCAACUUGCAAUGAGUCAUCUUAAUGGCCAGAAGAUGUAUUCAAAAAUCAUCCGUGUGACCUUGUCCAAGCAUCAGACAGUUCAGUUACCCAGAGAUGGCUUGGAUGAUCAAGGCCUCACCAAGGAUUUCACGAAUUCUCCUCUACAUCGUUUCAAGAAGCCUGGCUCCAAAAACUUCCAGAACAUCUUCCCUCCCUCUGCCACCCUGCAUUUGUCAAACAUCCCGCAAGACAUAACUGAAGACGACCUCAGAGUACUGUUUACUAACUCCGGAGGCACUGUGAAAGCGUUCAAAUUUUUCCAAGAUCGCAAAAUGGCUCUAAUUCAGUUAUCUACUGUUGAAGAGUCCAUUCAGUGCUUGAUCGACCUACACAACUACAACAUGGGUAACAAUCACCAUCUGAGGGUCUCAUUCUCCAAAUCAACAAUAUAAAAGAAUCCGAGACGCGUUUAAUGUUUUCUAAUGUUACCUGUUGACUGUUUUUGUACACUGGGGACCACGUUUUGUUUUCUUUUACCAGUCAUUCCUUAUGAAAAUGAGUGAAAAAAAUAUACCAGAUUUAUCUGAGGGGAGAGAAAAGAAUGCUUUACCCUGUUAGCAGUCCCCUUUGUAUUACCUCCCCCCAGUUGUUCUUCAUAGGAGGUUGAUUCCUCUUUAUUCUGAUUAGUUGACAAAGAAUGUGCCUUACUCAACAAACUGUCAAACAUUUUCACAUCCAUAACUUUUCAUAAAUGCAAGACAUCCACCACAUAGCAGCAUAGGCUUUUUUUUGUUGUGAAGGUGUUCAUGGUUUAAAAAAAAAAAAAAAGUGUCAGUUGCUUUUUGUUUUUCUUUCCCUUGUGUGAACUGUACAGUGCGUGUGAAAUCCUGCCUCUACAAGCUCAAGUCCAUGUGUUAGCUUUUUUGACCAUUUGUCUUGUUUUGCUUAUUUGAUGAGCUUGGAUUGUGGAGCUUGGCGAAAGAUCCAGUGGCGUGUAUAUAACAGACUAUUCUAGUGCUUAAUGGUCACUGCAAGGUUGAGUGCUAGUUUGUAUCCAAUUGAUUUUCAAAAGGUUAUGAUACAGUAUGCCACGUUCAGUUUUUGCAUAGUAGGCACUGACCAUUUUAAAACGUAUUGGAAUUUAUUUUUUUUUGAUAUACAUCAAUUUUUUCUGCAUGUCUAGAUAAGUUCUGAGAAUCUUUGUUAGAGAACAGCAGUUGCAUGAAUUUUAAAGCUAACAGACAUGAGCCUGAAGUUUGACAUGAGUAUGUAGAAUAGGGGCAACCUGGUGGGACCAAAGUUUGUGCCUUUAGUCUUAAUUUACUGAGCAUUCAGAUUUUUAGAGUUCCCUGUUUUGUACUUCCCAGAAGCAAGUCCCACAAACAUGCUGAUAUUUAUCUGGUAUGGAAAAAUGUAACGGUUACCAAGAGAUAUAACCCAUUUGCUGCCAAAGCUCCAUGGUUGUAUUUCCCACAUGACUGAACUGUACAUUUUUAAGAUGGUGGUUAAGAAAUUUAUGUAUAGUUUCCUUCUUCUUUUUUUUUAUACAUCUUUAAAAACAUAAGUGCAGUUUGGAUGUGGCACAAUUAAACGAAUGUUUUUUUCUAACACUGUUGAGAAGGAUUUGUCUUGGUUUUGUGUUUG